AUGAAUAACUUCACUCUUAAUCCCAUGCCCAACUUUGCGUUCGAUUCAGUCGCUAUGGAUUGUAACUCGAUGACCAACAACAUGAUCGACAACUCAAUGGUUAACAACCUUGUUGUUGACAACUCCACGAGCAAUGACUUGAUGGAUAUUACCGAAAUGACCCAGGGUCUGAUUAUCAAGGAUUCUGGGGUUGAAGAUUUGAUGGUUGAUGACUCUCCGAUCAACAGUCUCACGUCCAAUCACUCCAUGGCCUACGCUCACUCGACGAAUAGCUCUGCCAACGGUUUCCCUACCACAAAUACUCCCGUCUCUAUGGGAGAUUCAAUUGACACUCCCAUGGUCGAUAGUCCUAUUAGCAAUGGGCCUACGACUAACAUCUUUCUGGCAGGCAAUCCCCCAGCCAAAGACUCUAUGGGCUCAAUCGCUAAUCCUCCCAUGACCAAAAGUCUUAUCACGAAAGGAGCCAUGGUAGACAGCUCCGUACCUACAAAACGAGCCGCAAGUAUCUUUACUCCCGUCUUACGAGAGUCACUUCGGAACCAGUUCCUAUUUGUGGACGGGCCCCGAAAGACAGAGGGCGUCUGGCUCUGCGCCAAGUGCAUCAAGCAUCUCGACCGGGAUGGAAACGAUGACCUGCGGAAAUGGCGCACUCGGUAUGGCAUAUGGCCCGGCCUUGAGCUGCACCCUGAGGUUAGGGUAAAGAAGUUUAAGUGCACGCACUGCAAGGAGCGUCGCCGGUGCAACUUUGUCAAGCGUGCUGGAUUAUCGUCGCCGCCGCUGCCACCAUGA